AUGACUCUCUCCGGUGAAUUUGAAGCUGCAGAACACCCUGCUUCGCUUCUCAAAGAAGAUGAGAUUGAUAUAGUGGGCGAGGAUGAGUCUACCAGUGUGCGUAUUUAUAGAAAUAAGUGCUCUACGGACCCCGGUUACUCGGCAGAAUCUGGUGCUGAAUUUGACUCUUCAGAGCCUGACUCCUCGGGGGAAAGCGAGAACAGUUUCUGCGCAGACGCCCCGCAGUCCAGGAAAGCCCAAAGCAGCUCUGUGAAGCCUCCUUACUCCUACAUCGCCCUCAUCACUAUGGCCAUCCUGCAGAGCCCGGUAAAGAAGCUGACGCUCAGUGGCAUCUGUGACUUCAUCAGCAACAAGUUCCCCUACUACAGAGACAAGUUCCCCGCUUGGCAGAACUCCAUUAGGCACAACCUUUCCCUCAACGACUGUUUCAUCAAGAUCCCGAGGGAGCCCGGGAAUCCGGGAAAAGGUAACUACUGGUCUCUGGAUCCUGCCUCAGAGGACAUGUUCGACAACGGCAGCUUUCUCCGACGUAGGAAGCGCUUCAAGAGAAACCAGCCCGAGUUUGGCAAAGACGGACUUAUAUUUUACUCCAACUUGAACUGCUACAGGCCAUACGGGCAACCGUAUUGCGUACAGGGCCAGGUGAGCCCCCCUCCCGCUGCUCCUAUCCGGUAUAUGCCUCUGCAGGAGGGCAUUAUGCUGCCUCCCUCUUCCUAUCACAUUCUACCACAAACUUUGAACAGUCACGGGAACAGCAACGGGCCUAAAGACUUCAGAACGCAGCUUUGCUCCACAGACCCCGCUGAGCCAAAGUCUGACCUGCAGGCAAAAUGCUCCUUCAGCAUUGACAGCAUCAUGAGCAAGCCCUCUCCUUUCAACGCACAGAACCUGAAUCCUUCUCGCAAUGCUCUCGGGUAUGGUCACCUCAUGUCGGGCCCAGCUGCCCGUUUAGUCCCCACGCUCCUGCAGGCUCCGUUCUGUCCUCCUGUCAUGCUGAGCAAUGCUCCUUUAAGAAACGGGCACCUCAGACUCUCUUACCAUCACUCCUGA